UACACUCGUGCGCGUGUCGGCCGCUCACAGCUGGCGGCACUUGGCGUGAGAGCCACACUUCAGUGUCAUCUCUGGCAGUAUAUGCAUGUGUUUUUGCAUUCACUCAUCUGUAAUUUCUGUGAUCAUACUGACCUUCUAUUACUUGAAUACGCAGCCUCACCCCUGGACUGCAGGCGUCCAGCACCAGGGAAUCGCAGAGUUGCAGCGACCAUCAGCCCUGCUGAGUCAUCGGAACUGCAGAGCCCGGUGGGAUUAGAUAUGUGCAUACAUUGGCGCCGCCAAUCAAGAAAUACUGCUUUUGUAUUCGACUCUUAAGGAAACGCGAUUAUUGACUGGGACGUUAAAAAGAAAGGAAGACCAGGACGCGAGAUUGCGUGCGCGUUGUUUUGAAUGUCAUCCGGAAGCGUAUGCAUGCACAAGAUAAAAUGGCUACCGAGGACAGUUGCUCGUGUUCUCGUUGACAAAAAAACAUGUCAACGUGAGCACCCCGAGCAGGGAAGGCUGGUCCGUCCGCACUAUCUCGCGAAUAUACGACGGAUAGCUGUGAUUUCCAGACGAAGACAAGACAAUAAACAGCUGCCACGUGCCGCAAACCCCGGCCGGGCUCCUUAGGAGAGCCUGGUGGAAACAACUUUAUUGUCACCGGCCCCGACGCGUAUCUUCUGUGCAAACCACGACAAGCCAUAAUGAUAGCGACGGCCACCAUAAACGGUCCGUUCGGACCAGGGCGGCAGCACAGCCGGUCGCCGCUGAGGGACUCGAGUCCGCCCAGACGACGACGUGCGACCGCCUCAGCGCGACGCAUUCAGACGAGCAAGUUCGGGUGCGUCGACAGCGGCAGCAAGCCACUUCGAGUGCGCAAGCGCAGGGCAUCAUCCGUCAACGCAACCGCCAUGGGCGCCGUCAAGUACAACGUGGACCAGUGGGUUGAGGCCAACAAGGCCUACUUCCUGCCACCCAUCUGCAACAAGAUGAUGCACAGCGACGGUCAGCUCAAGGUGUUCUACGUGGGCGGGCCCAACGUGCGGCCCGACUACCACCUGGAAGAAGGCGAAGAGCUCUUCUACAUGCUGCGCGGAGACAUGUUGCUCAAGGUGGUCGAGCGCGGCAAGCCCAAGGACGUGGUGAUCCGCGAAGGCGAGGUGUUCCUGCUGCCCGGCAGGAUCCCGCACUCGCCGCAGCGCAGGGCCAACACGGUGGGGCUCGUCAUCGAGCGGGAACGGACGCAGCGAGAGCUGGACUGCGUGAGGUUCUAUCUUGAUGACAGCUGUCAAGAAGUCCUGUACGAACGCUGGCUCCACUGCGAUGACCUGACGCAAAAGCUAGCAAACCUGCUCAAUGAGUACAUGGCCUCUGAAGAGCACCGCACCAGAAAGCCUGGUCCAAAAUCCUUCCUGAGGAAACCAGCCUAUGAGCCGGAUAGCAGCGUGAACCUGGAAGCACCCUUCAGCCUCAACCAGUGGCUCGAUGAACAUGGGGCACAGCUGGACCACGAAGGCGGCAAGAGGGAUCUGUUCGGGCCGGGCCACCAGUCGACCAUCGUGAUGCUUGGCAAUGGAACCCAUGGGACACAGUGUGCUGGCACAGAGACCUUUCUCUGGCAGGUCAAGGGAUCGGCCAGCGUCAGCAUAGCCGGCAAUGCGUUCACCCUGGCAGAGAACGACACAGUGCUCGUGGCCACGCCCGGGCAGUAUACACUUGUGAACCAGCCUGGCGGACGCACUCUUGCUACCAGCAUGCCACCAAAAUCCAUCUUAUGAUACACCACCACCCCCAAGUGACCACUUUAGUAUGUUAGCGGGGACAUCAGAAUCAUGUGGUGAGUGGGCAGCAGUGGUAAGCGCCCUGCAACAGCCACUAGCUGUGCCAUCCAUUCAGUGCAUCGGAGAAACUGCAGCCAUUCCACAGAGAGAAAGUGGCCAGGUAAAUUGCACAGCAUCUCACCUACCCUCAUUUUCAAUGCAACUAUACCAGGUCAUCCAAUUUUAGUAGCAAACAACUCAUCAGCAUCCAACCACGAAUUCGCACAUAUGAUCUUCACAUUCAAUUUUAUGAAUAAAGACAUGGCCACUAUAAAACUUCUGGCACAUAUUUUAUCAAUGAACUGUCAAUCUGCAGGUGUGUUUAUCAAUUUAUGCUGCUAUGAGCAUUAAAAUACUAAACAAUUAUGCAGAUCCCAUGUACUGCUUGGAUGGAUGUUGUGCGAAGGAUGUCUAUGUAGCUGGCUAUCCAGUACCAUUUGGGAUUCUACAAAGCUUUACCUGAUUGACAAACACGUUUUGCAUAAUGUGAAUGACCCUGCAAACUUGGGUAGCACCAGAGUAGACAGUACAAACCAUAUUUCUUGCGACAAUCAUUGGGCCUAUAUUUUUAAACAUGAAAAUCUCGCAUCUCGCAUUAUCUCGACAAAACAAAAGUGGUAGAUUUAAGAGCUGUAAAAGAAACGCAACCUCUUAGCAAUGUAUUUUGGCAGGAAUUUCGAUUUUGGAAGAUCUGCAAUUUAGAAUUAAUUUCCCACCACUGCUGCUGAAAGCAGCACUUAAAGAACCUACAAUAUUUGAACACGACAAUCCCUUUGACAGAGAAUGCAUCAAUAUUUUUGAGAGAGGCAUUGAAGGCAUUUGGAGUUAUCUGCAUUCUCAAUCAUGUGCUUACUUAACAAGGUUACUUUAGCAAUUUAACUGCACACUAUUACUACAUAUAGAAAGCAAUAUUUUAUAAACGGAACAGGUUGUAAAUGUGUUUUACCAGUAUGGGCUAUUGUGUGCCUUCUGUAAUAAUGAAUGUAUAGGACUGUUCUGGUUCAAGUGUAUGAUUUUUGUACAGUGACGAUACAAUGUACAGAGGUGUAUGAAGCAUUUUAGUUGACAAAUAAAGGUUUUGCGUAAUAAA